AAAAAAAAUUAGGACCAGCAUGGUGAUAGGCUCGUUCUAACCAUUACUGUUACAGUGUUCAGUGUUAGUCAACCUAAGACCAUUUGGAAGUCUAACAGGUCCCUGACAUCGAAAUACGAGUGUAUGUAAGACUGCAGUCCUGGGUCAAUUACUAGACCGUUCGGCGGACUUAUAUUGAUCAUCUUUAUUAUUUGCUAUCUUCAGCUUGCUUUCAUUCCAUAUGGCUCCUCGUACUCGAGCUGCAGCAGAGCCAUCAUAUACGUCGACGCAGAAGGGGAAGCAGCGAGAAGAUCCUGGAGCUUCUCACUCAGAGAGCACCAUUGAUCAUGAUGUCUUGGGCGAUAUGGAGAACUCCAAACAUAGGACUAUCUCUCCCGUGUUAUGAAUGGGUUCCGCAAGUUGAAGCAAGAAGUUAUUGAGCUCCAGACUAAGAAUUUAGAGCUCACUGAAGACUUGGAGAAGACGAGAGAAGCGGAAACCCAACCGAAGAGGGGCAAACGAGGGGGACCCACUGUGGUUGGCCUUCAGAAAGAAAUCAGGUCGUUGAAGACACAGGUAUCUCAAUUACAAAAGUCGCAGAAGAAGGACAAGAAGAAGAUUCUGCAGCUACAAGUGAAGGAAGCUAAGAAAGAUGCAGCUGAGCUCGAGGAAAAUGAGGAUCUUUCCAUGGUCGGGGAUACCGCGUAUCCUAUGCGAAAGCUUCUGCGCCGAUUCAGCGACCUUAUGGCUGCUAACUCUAUCGACGGCACUGAAGAAUGCCCUAUUUGUAUGGAGAAACUUGAAGUAGAUAAGACAGCCAGGUACGCUGGCCUUUCUGACCGUCCUGUAAUAUUCAAAAUGCAUACGCAUUGUAGCCUUCCUUGUCAUCAUGUUCUUUGCGAUGACUGUUUCAAACAAAUCUCACCAAAUAAAGAAGAGGUUAAGUGUCCCGUGUGUCGAAAUGAGCAUCCACGGGAUGAGGUCGAAAUGAUACGCUACACCGCUUCCUCGCAAUGGGAUGCAUUGUUGAAGAUUGCCGCCAAGUUCGCAUCCAUGGACCACCGCGGUGUUGAGGACACUAGCGAGGAAGAAGAUGAAGAGAAGUUUGUUAAUGACGACUCCUCGGAACUCACGAGUCAACUCUCGCAACCUACGUCCCCUGACCCGCUAGCAACGUCGCCAGAGCCGGAGGUAGAAGCAUUGCAUGCGCCGUCCACUCCCGAGGCCAAACCUGACCCAGAAGAUAUCGUUUUGGCUCAAACGCCCCGCAAGAGGCGUGCUGUUACGACACCUGUGACCUCGUCAGAGCCAGAAGGCCCAGGUGAUGAUGAGCCUGCGUCAGGAUCAUCAGUUAAGUUGGAGAAGGUGGAAGACCGCAAUGGUUUGAAAACACCUGAACCUGAGGGACAUACUUCGCUCUCCUUUGCACUAUCACCGAUCUCUGAGAAGAAGAAAAGGUUGCAAGCUUUAGCUGAUAGACGAUCGAAGAAGCGGAAAAUAGGCUGAUCGACUGCAGGUCAUAUACAGCCAUACCUGUCCUUGCUGUCCGAUAUCGCUGCGUUUACUUCUACAGACUACGGGAAUAUAUGCCGGUCAGGUAUGGGUCUGGUUGUUUAAGCAGCUGCAUGUCGGUUGCACAGUUUUUCACUCGGUACAUUAUCGCAAGCUGAAGAAAUUCGAAGGUCUUUCUUGGCUUGAACUAUAGCACUGCGCACUGGCCAGAUGAUCAAUUCAAGAACCGAUAUGUCCAGAUAGUCUCAAAUAGGGAUUGGAUGACAGUCGGUGCAAAUUAAUGUCCUUCGUCCAGGGGCCUCGAGGCUCGCAGAGACGAAAGUUAGGUUCAAAAUAAUUCUUCAUGGGUAUG